AUGGCAAUUUUAUUUACUAUAUAUAUAUUUUAUUUUUUUAUUUUUAUGAUUUAUUUUUCUGAUAUUUUUUUUAUUUUUAUUUUAUUAUUUUUAUCUUUUUUUAAUAUUAAUAUUUAUUAUAUUACUAUUAUAUCUAUUAUUAAUAUUUACUAUAUUUAUUACUAUAUGUGUAAUAAGUUCUAUAAUAACAUUAUUACUGUUAUAUUAUUAGUGUAUAAUAUAUACAGUGAUAAUAAUAUACAUAAUAAUUUAUACUUAAUUAGCAUAAUAAUUAAUAAAAUAAUAAAGAAUAACAGUAAUAUAAUAAUAAAUAGACUAAUAUAUGAUAAUAGUAUAAGAGAUAGUACAAGUAUAUGCAGUAGUAACAGGAGUAUAAGGGAUAGGAGUAUAUGCAAUAAUAGUAGUAUAUGCAGUAGUAACAGGAGUAUAUGUAGUAGUGAUAGUGGUAUAAUUAGUAUAUAUAAUACUGUAUUUAAUAGACUAAGUAUUAUAUAUAGUAAUAUACGUAUUAAUAGUAGUAUAUGUAGUAUAUGUGAUACAGAUAGACCAAAUAAUAUGAGUAAUAGACUAAGUAGUACAGAUAUAAAUAGACUAAGUAGUACAGAUAGACUGAGUAAUAGUAUAAUAGAUAUACCAUGUGAUACUAAUAGACUAACUGAUCCUGUAUAUACUAAUAGACUAACUGAUCCUGUAUAUACUAAUAGACUAACUGAUCCUGUAUAUACUAAUAGACUAACUGAUACUGUAUAUAAUACUGUAUAUGUAUAUACUAAUAGACUAAGUUAUACUUCUACUGUAUAUAUUAUAUAUUAUAUUAUUAUAUUUAUUAUUAUUAUAUUAUAUUAUGAUAUUAUUAUUAAUAUAAUAAGUAUUUAUAGUAUAAUCUGUUUAUGUCCAUUUAUUAUUGGUAAUACUUUAAUUAAUGAAUUUAUUAAUAAUAAUAUUAUAACGGAAACAGAAGGGAAUAAUUUAAUUAGAUCGAUUUAUUUAUGGGGAUAUUUUUAUAAUUUAAUAAUUAUAACAGUAAUAAUAAUAAAUUAUAAAUUAAAUAUAAAAGUGACACCAGGCAUAUCCAGUAUAAUAAUGACAAAUUCAACACUUAUUACGUAUUACAUCAUAUAUAAAAAAAUAAAAACAAUAAAAAAUAAAAAUAAAAUAAAAAAAGAGAUAAAAUAA